AUGGGACCCCCGUACCGACUCCUCAAAGCUGCUGCCAGGCCCCGUAAUCUGUCAUGGGCCCCUGUUGUCGCUUUUUGCUGCUGCCAGGCUCGUAAUCUGUCAUGUGCGCCCCUGUACCGCCUCCUCAUGCUGCUGCCAGGUCCAGGAGUGUGUCAUGGGCCCCCCUGUACCGACUCCUCAUGCUGCUGCAAGCCCGUAAUCUGUUCAUGGGCCCCUGUACUGCCUCCCCAUGCUGCUGCCAGGUCCAGAGUGUGUCAUGGGUCCCCUGUACGGCCUCCCAUUGCUGCAGCUGCCAGGCCCGUAAUCUGCCAUGGGCCCCCGUUACCGAACCCUCAUGCUGCUGCCAGGCCCCUAAUCUCUGUCAUGGGCCCCUGUACCGCCUCCUCAUGCUGCUGCCAG